AUGGAAUAUCAUGUGAUCCCGAGAGACCUGAUCCUGUUGCUGGAACGCCAAGACGAUACCAUCGCGAUGGUGACGCCCGUCGAGAGGGAUAUCACAGUCUCGCUGGUAUUCAUGAAAGACUCGAUCCUGAAAGCUUUCGAAACCAAAAUGGCGAUCCCCGACCACAUUGCCAGCUUCGUAGGGAGCAUUGUAGACGAUGUCAUGGUGCAGGCUCAUAUCUCGUCAGCUAUGAGACUGCAGCACCUCGCAGAGGAACGUCGCCGAGACCGUGCAUCGGCAGUUGCCCGCUCCUCGGGGCCCGGAAGCAUCCAGAAGACAACCCGAAACAGAUCAAGGGAAUCUAAUCGUGUUGGUGUAUGGAUGGACAAACAAACGGAAGACUGGCACCUGAUACAGAACAUCACGCAACAAACGUCCACCGGGGUCACUUACGCUACGUUGAUCCGGAGCGGCAACAGGCUUCUCUCCAAGGUCUUGUACUUCGAGAUCGCUUUCCAGCCAUAUAACGAAAACGGCAUCGGCGUCACCCUGUCUUUUGUUUGCAGUCGUUUUCAGUCCAUGAUGAUUCACAUUUACGGCAGUGGGUACUGA